GUGGGUGAAAGGUCGGCGCUGCAGGCGCUGUGGCUGGGGCUGUGGAGCAGGACGGGUUCGGAACAGACCGACACACUGCCGGCGAGGUGGACGGACGGACCAUGGCAGACGAAGCGAAACCCAUCAGCCCGCUCAAGAACCUGCUGGCCGGCGGCUUUGGCGGCAUGUGCCUGGUAUUUGUGGGGCACCCGCUGGACACCGUCAAGGUCCGACUGCAGACACAGCUCCCGAGUUUGCCUGGACAGCCUCCCAUGUAUUCUGGGACCUUCGACUGCUUCCGGAAGACUCUUGUUAGAGAGGGCAUCACGGGGCUAUAUCGGGGCAUGGCUGCCCCCAUCAUUGGGGUCACCCCCAUGUUCGCCGUGUGCUUCUUUGGGUUUGGUUUGGGGAAGAAACUACAACAGAAAUGCCCGGAGGAUGUGCUUAGUUACCCCCAAAUAUUUGCAGCUGGAAUGUUAUCUGGUGUAUUCACCACAGGAAUUAUGACCCCUGGAGAACGGAUCAAGUGCUUGUUACAGAUUCAGGCUUCUUCAGGAGAAACCAAGUACACUGGGGCCUUGGACUGUGCAAAGAAGCUAUACCAGGAAUCUGGGAUCCGAGGCAUCUACAAAGGGACAGUGCUCACCCUCAUGCGAGAUGUUCCAGCCAGUGGGAUGUAUUUCAUGACAUAUGAGUGGCUGAAAAAUAUCUUCACGCCAGAGGGAAAGAGUGUCAGUGAGCUCAGUGUGCCUCGGAUCCUGGUGGCUGGGGGCAUCGCAGGGAUCUUCAAUUGGGCUGUGGCAAUCCCCCCGGACGUGCUCAAGUCCCGCUUCCAGACUGCACCUCCUGGAAAAUAUCCUAAUGGUUUCAGAGAUGUACUGAGAGAGCUGAUCCGGAAUGAAGGAGUCACAUCCUUGUAUAAGGGGUUCAAUGCAGUGAUGAUCCGAGCCUUUCCAGCCAAUGCGGCCUGUUUCCUUGGCUUUGAAGUUGCCAUGAAGUUCCUUAAUUGGGCCACCCCCAACUUGUGAGGCUGAAGGCUGCUCAAGGCUUCUGGAUGGUGGAGGCUAUCACAGAGGAGGAGCGGUGGGCAGGACUAGGCAGUCCUGAAAGGCAAAGGGAGGGGAAUGGUGGGAUCAGAGCUCUGUACAUGGACUUGUUGAGACCAUUGCCUUAAUGACAUCUUCUACCUGGUAUAACUUGGUGUGCCAUUUUGAAACUUGAAUUUACUCAUAUCAGUUUAAGGGAUCUCAAGAGGAUUUGGAGGUGGAGUAAGUAGCUUCUAAGUAGCUUCUAGACCAGAGAUACCACCAAUGGUCAGAGAGCUAUCUACUGGUUGACUACAGGCCCUACUACACCCAAAACACUACUCGAGAAAGGGAAUUUCAGCUUCUUACUGGAGACAUGAUGCAUGUUUUCAACCAGCUGACCAAGAGCUGGUGUUUUCUUCGAUCCCUACCCACCAGAUUUCCAGGGUAUCACUUAAUCCUGGCCUGCACAUGGGGAUGUGGACUUCAGGUCCACAUCUCUCUGUCCAGGUGGACUGAGCAAAUGUGCCUAGGGGCAGAUAGCCUGUUAACAGUCGGGUUGAUUUUUCUUUUUAAAUGCAUGCAAGCAAUCAAAACUAAAACUACAGUAGCCUAAUUUCCCAGGAGUAGAUGGAGAGCUUUCCCUCCUACACAGCAAGAAGGGUUUUGAAUUAACAGUCCUAGCCUGCUGAGAUAAGUGACAAAGCCUGGGGUGUAGAAAAGGCUCUUUUCACGCACUCUUUUCUCAUGAGAGUGCCCUAUUUUAACAGGAAACAAUAAAUAUUGUUUCUAA